AUGCUGGAUUCAGCAGCAGCCUGCAAAGAGUAUCUGGAGACUCAGGAUGCAGCAUCUAUUGCCAGUCAGAUUAUACGAGAUGAAGCUCUCUGUAGGGCGCAGAAGCUUCCAAGUCUGCUUGCGUUUUAUCUUCCUCCCUCAAACACAAGUCUGGCAGAAGCUAUCGCAUCCGAAUUACGUCCUGAGAGUGCACAAUACUCGAGAUCGCUCAAAAUGCUCCAGUAUUCGAGUAUUGUUCAGAGCAUCAAAGGAUAUCUGGAUCAGAUGAGUCACCAAUCUAGACUGGAGAAGUUGCCAAGUGACCCUGAACAAGAGAAUUUCACCAGGCCUUCAACAGCUGAUAUUGAAACAACGUUGAAGGUGCUCAUGUUCUACAUGAAAGGAGAUACCAAGCCUGAGAUCAAUGCUACAACAUCCCUUGAAGAAACUGUUGUAGCUUUGAACAGCUAUAUGGAGGCCUCUUACCCCGGUCAACCAGACAACAUCCCAAAAUUUCCAAUCCGACAACCCAUCGGUGUCUCUAGGCGGACAAAGAAAUGUUACAUUUGCCAAUUUAUACUUGUUAACCCACAUUAUCAGUAUUCAUCACUGUGCAAGGCAUGCGGGAACUUCAACCUUGCAUCAUCCAAUCUUUCUCUUCCCGAAAACCUACAGCUCGACGGCAAGACCGCGGUAGUUACUGGAGGGCGAAUCAACCUAGGCUAUCAUACUGCGCUUCGUCUCCUUAGGUGUGGCGCUAGGGUGAUUGUAUCUAGUCGUUAUCCACGCGAUGCCGAAGUUCGAUAUCUAGCUGAGAAAGACUCAAUGGUAUGGAGCCAGUCAUUGAAGAUCGUAGGUGCAGAUUUUAGAACCGCGAGCGAUGUUUUUUAUUUAGUCGAGAUGGUCAGGGAUAUUUUGAGAGACUGGGCCGACAAUAAUAUUGCAAAACUGGAUAUUCUGAUCAAUAGUGCAGCUCAAACUUUGACCGAUCCGGUUGAAAAAGAAAUGCAAGCUCUCCAGCGAGAAAAUAAAUUACUCAUUCAAGGAUCUGGAUCAGAUUCGAAACUUCUCCUGGAUAAUUCGAAUUACCAGCCACGAAUAAGAGGUGGAGUUCAGAGUUCGAGAUUGCUUGCCCCCAGCCAAGAGGAACAGAGUAGGAAUACAGAUGCUGUACAUCGCCCGAGUACCUGCGCCGAGGAACUUGACAACACCACCACCCGUCUUCCGAAUAGCAAUAAGUCCUUGGAAUUUCAUGAUGCACCUCAAACCUCCUCUUGGAUGCAAUCUCUCCAUCAGAUUCCGUAUGAAGACGUCAUAUCUGCCCACUCGGUGAACACGUUUGUUCCUCUGAUAUUAAUACGGGAACUACUUCCACUUAUGGGCUCCGUCACCGCACAUACCAGCGUACCUAACAAGCCCGCUAUACCGCUCGCAUAUAUCAUCAAUGUCUCAUCCCGCGAAGGCAUUUUUGAAUCCUCCUCUCCACUCUCACGAUCUAAAAAUGGAAAACACGUUCACACGAACCUCACAAAAGCCGCACUCAACAUGUUAACCGAAACUGAAGCAGGUCCAGCGUGGACUAAACGUCGUGUUGCAAUAAAUUCAGUUGAUCCAGGAUAUAUGAGCGCUGCUCCUGAGAUAAUUGCUAGAGGAUUAGAGUGCCCUAUUAGAUGGGAAGAUGGUACGGGGAGAGUUUUAUGGCCGAUUGCUGUCGGUGAGAAGGGAAGGCCUGUUUGGGGUCGGUUUUUAAAACAUUUUGGUGCGGCCGAGGUGGAUGUUGGAGUUGGAAGGUGA